UCCGCUCGCCAGCUAUAACCGCUAUGCUAACAACAACAACAACAACACAGCGGCACAGCUCGGCUGCGGCUUGUUUUCCUGACACUUUAACUCCAGUUUAAAGCCGUCACAGUGACAGCAGUUCACUUUUCAACAAGUCUACACGUUUAUCGGCCCGGUUAGCUCCCUUAAAGUUAGCGUUUGGCUGAAAUAGGAGGCGCGUUGGUGGGGUUUUCAAGCAAAGCAAGGCCUGCAGCGUAAAAAAAGGCUUGGCAGCCUCUCCGGGAGAAAGGCCCACUGUCCUGAAAACAUCAAAUCACUGCGAGUGGCUCCGAGAUGAGAGGCUCGUACGGAGACAGAGACCGGGACCGCGGCCGUGACAGAGGGAGCCCUCGUUUCGGGUCCAGCAGAGGCGGCCCACCACCAGGUAGAAAGUUUGGCAACCCCGGGGACCGUUUACGAAAGAAGAGAUGGGACCUGGAUGAGCUCCCCAAAUUUGAGAAGAACUUUUAUACUGAACAUUCAGAAGUGCAACGAAUGAGCCAGUAUGAUGUCGAUGAGUAUCGCAGGAAGAAAGAAAUCACAGUUCGAGGCUCAGGCUGCCCAAAGCCCAUCACCAACUUCCAUCAGGCACAGUAUCCCCAGUAUGUAAUGGAUGUACUGAUGCAGCAGAAUUUCAAGGAGCCCACAGCCAUUCAGGCACAAGGUUUUCCUCUGGCCCUCAGCGGUAGAGACAUGGUGGGCAUUGCUCAGACUGGCUCUGGGAAAACCUUAUCGUAUCUCCUGCCUGCCAUUGUGCACAUCAAUCAUCAGCCCUACCUGGAGCGAGGAGAUGGACCCAUUUGCUUGGUUCUGGCCCCCACAAGAGAACUGGCACAGCAGGUCCAGCAGGUGGCGUACGACUACGGAAAGUCCUCCCGCAUCAAAAGCACUUGUGUUUACGGUGGUGCUCCCAAGGGACCUCAAAUCCGAGACUUGGAGAGGGGUGUUGAGAUCUGCAUUGCCACUCCGGGUCGUCUGAUUGACUUCCUUGAGGCCGGAAAGACCAAUCUGCGACGUUGCACAUACUUGGUUUUGGAUGAAGCAGACCGCAUGCUGGACAUGGGUUUUGAACCACAGAUUCGCAAGAUUGUGGACCAGAUCAGGCCCGACAGACAGACCCUGAUGUGGAGCGCUACCUGGCCUAAAGAGGUUCGCCAGCUGGCAGAAGACUUUCUAAAAGACUAUGUCCAAAUCAAUGUUGGAGCGCUGGAACUCAGCGCCAAUCACAACAUCCUUCAGAUAGUCGAUGUUUGUAUGGAGAGUGAGAAGGACCACAAGUUGAUCCAGCUGAUGGAGGAGAUCAUGGCUGAGAAAGAGAACAAAACCAUCAUCUUUGUGGAGACCAAGAAACGAUGUGACGACCUCACGCGCAGGAUGAGACGUGAUGGGUGGCCAGCGAUGUGUAUUCAUGGUGACAAGAGCCAGCCAGAGAGAGACUGGGUGUUAUCAGAGUUUCGUAGCGGCAAAGCUCCCAUCCUUAUCGCUACUGAUGUGGCCUCACGUGGUUUGGAUGUGGAGGAUGUGAAGUUUGUCAUCAAUUACGACUAUCCCAACUCGUCCGAGGACUACAUCCAUCGCAUCGGUCGCACAGCCCGCAGCACCAACAAAGGUACCGCCUACACCUUUUUCACUCCGGGGAACCUCCGCCAGGCCCGUGAGCUGAUCCGGGUGCUGGAGGAGGCCCGACAGGCCAUCAAUCCUAAACUACUACAGCUGGUUGAUACUGGACGUGGAGGAGGCGGAGGAGGUGGCCGUCCCCGUUUCCGUGGCAACUCCAAUUCUAACAACCCCAACCUGAUGUACCAGGAUGAGUGUGACAGGCGAAUGCGCUCCGUGGGUGGGGGCGGCAGCACCACCACCAAGGACAGCCGUGGUGGCAGCAGCAGCAGCAGCAGCUAUGGCCGUGACGGCCGAGAUAGCCGCGGAGGAAGCAGCCGGGACGGAGACCGCUCGUCCUCGUCUUCCUCCUCUUACAGAGACCGCAGCAGCAGGGAUGGAGGACGCAGCUAUGGCUCCAGCGCCACCUCCAACUCGUACGACCAGUACCAGAAUACCAACGGCAGCAGCAGCAGUCAGUACAGCAGUUCCCGGGCCAGCUCGGGGACAGGGGGCAGUGGAGUGGGGCAGAAUCCACCUACUUCAUCGGGUCCCCAGCCUCUGAUGGCCCAGCAGUUCAACCCUCCCCAGCCCAUGAUGGGCCUGAUGGGGCACUCACCAUUCCAGUUUGCUUCUCCACCCCCCAGAAAGUAAUGUGAUCUAUGUAUAAAUCACAACACAACAAACACAACCAGUCUCAGAAUUAGUAAGAAAUCUUGAUUUCUGGGUUCAGUCCCUGGUAGUUCACCACUGUAACAUCAAUACACCAGUUAAUGAGCAUGGAUGAGUCGCAACACAUCGUGUGGAGAAUUUUUCAUUUCAGCAAGACAUCAAAACAUUUAUUAAGUGUUGAAUCCUUUAUGUUUUUGACUUAUUUGAACACGAAUGAAUCGGCAUCAUUUGUUGUUUGACAUAAACGUGUCUGUAUCAUUUGACCAAGUCUUUUUGUACAAACAUGCUGUUUUUGUAUUGUGAGCCGCUAGAGAGGAUUUCUGUAGUAUCUGCUUUUCCCUCUAGGUGUGUCAAAGGUAGGUGCUGAAGUUUAUUCUUAUAUCAUGAAUAUAAGUUUCUGUUUGAAACUUUCUAAGUUACAAGUUCAGUUUGAAUUGAGUAAAGAUUUUUUCAGUAUUUUCUUUCAAAUGUAUCUCGAUUACAUUUAGAUAUUAUUUUAGGCCCUAUGGCAGCAACGCUCUGCGGGGGCUGUGUGUGUAGCCAUGGCAGCAGUUAAAAGUCAAGCAUGUAAAUGAGCUGCUUUCACAUUUACGAGUUUGUGUACUGACAAAUUUAAGACUCACCAUAGAUUAUGGUUUUCAGUUAAUCAGCAGUGUGGUCCGGUCUUUGCAGAGGUUUUCCGUACAAAUAGUAACUUCUCUUUUUACAGUUUGUUUAAUAAAGCUCUUCGAUGUA